AAAAUGACCACUCGAACUGGAAUGGAAGGAUCUAUUCUUGAACACUGAUUAUUAAUACCAACUCAACUCAAUAUAUAUAUAUAUAUGGAAAGUACAAAGAUUAAGUAAUCAUUUCGAGUCAAAUAAUCAAACAGUUUGAAGACAUGGAUAGAGUAUCCAAUCCCAAAUGAAACAGGAAAGAUCACUUCUCUACACGUAUGUUACCAAUGGAGUGAUGUACUUACCACAUGAAAAUUUUGGUGGUGGUGGUGAUGGUGGCUCGGGGUGAUUCCGAAAAGAUGUAUUUUGAGUUCGGCGUCGGCGAAAUUGAUGGAUGGAAGCAAAUUGCUAGAGUCGAAGCAAGUUACGGCGACGAUCGGAUUUUCGACGGUGGAAGGAUGAGGUCGCCGCCGGUCGUAAAAAAGAAGAUCAGUUGGUAAAAAAAAGAAAAAAAAGAUAUUUUUUUUGUUGUAAAAAAAUAUUGAAAUAGUAUAAGGCCCAUAUGAGCCGCGUUAUGUGAUGUGAAGUUAGGUCAUUUCUUAACCGCGUUUCUCUAAAAGAAAGAUAUUUAAUUAGUCAAUAUUCACAGAUCGAAGGAAGAAUCUCAUCCUUCUCUUUUGUGCAAUUUCAAUUUAAUCAACAAAAACCUAGAAUCUCAUCCCAAUUUCAAAUCCUUCGAAGCGAUCGCCAUGGGAAACACAGAGAAGCUGCUUAAUCAGAUCAUGGAGUUGAAAUUCACAUCCAAAUCGCUACAACGCCAGUCCCGAAAGUGUGAGAAGGAAGAGAAGUCGGAGAAGCUCAAGAUCAAGAAGGCCAUGGAGAAAGGCAACGUCGACGGCGCUAGAAUCUACGCUGAGAACGCCAUCCGUAAGCGAACCGAGCAGAUGAACUAUCUCAGGCUAUCUUCGCGGCUCGAUGCCGUUGUGGCUCGCCUCGACACCCAGGCCAAGAUGUCCACCAUUAACAAGUCCAUGGGCUCGAUCGUCAAGUCUCUGGAAUCUACUUUGGCUACAGGAAACCUACAGAAGAUGUCCGAGACAAUGGACCAGUUCGAGAAGCAAUUCGUGAACAUGGAGGUGCAGGCCGAGUUCAUGGAGAGCGCCAUGGCUGGGUCAACCUCAUUGUCCACUCCCGAGGGCGAGGUCAACAGCCUCAUGCAACAGGUGGCCGACGAUUACGGCCUCGAGGUCUCGGUGGGGCUGCCGCAGCCGGGCGCGCACGCUGUGCCUACCAAGGAGACCGAGACGAUCGACGAAGACAAUCUUUCCAGGCGCCUUGCCGAGCUCAAGGCUAAAGGUUAAGAAUUUUAAAGAACUCAUCCCCUGUAAAGAGGAUAAAGGAUUUCAUAUGCGAUCUCAUUACAUAUAUGUGAGGCCAUUAAUGUGUAUCGAUUCGAAACUGAGGCUGCUUUUCGAGAAGUUGGAAUUUCAUAUGUAAAUUAUAGAUAUUGCAUUUGGGUAUUUCUCAUUUAUCUUUUUCUUAACAAUGGUGUCAAUUUUCUUCCAUAUUGGCCAGACAUUUCCAUGAUAUUUAUGGUCUUUGUGAAUAACUUAACUUGGAGCA